AUGACAUCGAGUCGCGACACUCCUUUUACACCAACAACGACAACAACCACCACUGCAAAGAUUACUGCCAUGGCUGCGCCGGCUUUUCUACAUCAAUCACAACCCUUCAGGUCCUCAAACACCCAGGCACCGUUCCUCUCGUCCGUCAACCCCUUUGAGCGCGAUGCCGCCAUGCCUGUCGGAACGCCGUACUCCAACUCGGGUUCUGUGGCAGCCUCUGUCCUGAUUCGUCGCCUUCCGCUGAACACCUCGGAGGAAUCGCUUCGCCUUAUGGUCGUUUGGUCCAAAGAGCUGGUCGACGUCGAAGUGCUACCCGUAGAUCAAUCAGAAGACAAGGGGUUCCGCUCGGCCGUCUUGAAGUUUAGGACUACGAACGGGGCAAUCGAAACAAAGAACAUGCUAAAUGGAAAAUCCAACAUUUCAAACGACGCCAACAUGAUUGUUGAGAUUCUUGGGGGUAGUCCGACCACGUCGAGAAGAUAUGCCGAAGCCGGAGGGACUGGAUCGUCGAGUACUGCCUCGUCCGCAGCUUCUUCGGCCCCAUCCUCGCGACAGCCAUCGCGAUUCAACGGCGCAUUCCAAUCUCUCGAGAAGAUCUCGCCGCCUCUGAACGGUAUCUAUGGCUCCAGCGAACUGCCCAACCCGGAGUCCAGCGCACACUAUCAGAACCUCUUUUCGCCUCAGUCUCCCAUCGGAAAUCACCUCACGGAACGGACGCGCAUUUCCGGGAAAUCGCUGAUUAACAAUGAUGCCGCUGAUGAUGACGAGACCGGUGAGCUGCUGAAGGAUCCAGUCGCCUACGCGGAAAACGGUGCUACGGCUCAGAGAAGAGCUACCGCCCCACAACUACCCAUAUCGCGUCUGGCGAGCCUGUCCCUUAACACCACCAGCACAACACCCAACCCGUCCUCGCUUCCGCAGUAUGGUCAACAAGGGAUGGCAGCGAUGUCGGCACAUCCAGUCAUGUCACCCACUGUGAUGGGCGGUGGGGGCCCACACACUGUGGCGUUUCACAUGGGAACUGGUCCUUACGGCCGCCAUAACUUUCCGCCGGUCAACCCUGCAGAUCAGAACCCGCCUUGCAACACCCUCUACGUGGGCAAUCUCCCCAUUGACACCUCUGAGGAGGAGCUGAAGGCCAUGUUCUCCAAGCAACGGGGUUACAAGAGGCUUUGCUUCCGGACCAAGCAGAACGGACCUAUGUGUUUCGUUGAAUUUGAGGAUGUUUCCUUCGCUACGAAAGCUCUUCACGAGCUCUACGGCCAUCCGCUGCACAAUAGCGUAAAGGGCGGCAUUCGCCUCAGCUUCUCGAAGAACCCCCUGGGAGUCAGAUCAGGACAGACCCCAGGUCAGUCAACGUCUCCAAUGAGUGGCAUGAUGACAGGGUCCACGAAUGGAUUCAAGACUACCAACGGACCUCCUCCAGGACUUUCGGCGCCACCUGGCCUUGGUUCCGGGCGUUACAAUAACAGCUCCUCGGGCACGCCGCCCUACACCGUUGCUGGCUUUCCAGUCACCGGCAACAACAACGUGUGGAACGGUUACAACAGCAGCACUAUGACUGCUGGUGGGCCCGGUUCGUUGAUGAAUGGAAACAACUCGAAUUAUCUGCCACCACAUAUGCUUGGCAGGUAA